UCGUUGCCGGAGGCGAAGCCGUUCCUCGGGCGGGCGUCGCUUUGGGGAAGGAAAGGCGACCAGGAAGGGAAAAUGCCCGGCUGCAAAGCGAAACUACCCAGCGCGUGUCCUGCUGCCGGCGCCCGUCUUUCCCCGGGUGUGUCCCUCCCUUCCCCCGGGCUUUAGGACGAGCUAGAUUCCGGCAAGGGCAGCUGCUGCUCUGGUGAGUCGCUCUGGAAAGGGGUGAGGCAUAUUUGAAUUAUUUUUCACGCCAUAGGCGACACCUGAAGCUGCCUUCUGUUGACUCAGGCCACCAGGGCCAGCAUCUCCAACGCAGACGGGCAGCGGCUCCGGAAGCGGUGUAUAAGGUUGCCAACCUCCAGGUGAGGCCUGGAGAGCCCCCGGAGUUACGACUGAGAACAGAGAUUGGUGCCCCUGGAGAAAAUGGCAGCUUGGCACAAUCCAGUCUCCGAGGUGGAACAAUGAAGUGGCUGGUUCACGUCUCCCACCCCUUUUGGUCUCAGUUCCCAGAUCCCGCAACAGAGUUUGCCCUCUUGCUCAGCCGUUUCUUCGCUGGCUCCCAGCAUUCUGCAGCCACAUCAAGAUGUAAGAUGGGUCAUCUUUGGGGGUGCCCUUUGCUCAUGGUGGUAGCUGCCUUCCUGUUGGGGGUCUCUUCUGAUUCCUCCUCGCAUUCCUUGCUCUACUUCUACACAACCACAUGGGAGCCUGACCAGGACCAGUUCCACUUUAUCGCUGUGGGAUAUGUGGAUGACCAGCUUGUUGGGCACUAUGACAGCACCACGAGGAAGGCGGUGCCUCGGGUGCCCUGGAUAAGGAAGGUGGAGAAGGACGACCCCCGCUUCUGGGACUGGAACACCCGCAAUGCACUGGACGAUGAGCGGAACAUGAAGAAGGACCUGGUGAACCUCCGGAACCUCUACAACCGGAGUGGAGGCCUGCACACCUGGCAAUACAUGUAUGGCUGUGGGCUGAACAAGGAUGCGCACAGAGAGGGGUAUGAGCAGUUUGCCUACAAUGGACAGGACUACAUCAACUUUGACAAGGAGACUCUUACCUGGACGGCAGCUGUGGUGCCCGCUCAGGUGACCAAGAGAGAAUGGGAUGCUGACGUCUCACACAGCCGCUUUCUCAAGACCUACAUGGAGGAGGAAUGUGUUGAGUGGCUGCAGAAGUUCUUGGACUAUGGAAAGGAGUCUCUGCUGAGGAGAGAACCUCCAACAGUGCGAGUGACACUCAAGGCAUCCUACAGUGGCUUUGAAAUCCUCGUCUGCCGGGCCCAUGGCUUCCACCCCAAAGAGAUCGAUGCCACUUGGAGGAAGGACGGGGAGGUCUGGGAGCAGGAGACCUUUCGCGGGGGUGUCGUCCCCAACUCGGACGGGACUUACCACACCUGGCUGAGCGUCAAGAUUGACCCCAAGGACAGGUUCCGCUAUCAGUGCCACGUGGAACAUGACGGCCUACCGGAGCCUUUGGAUGCGACCUGGGAGGCACCUGCCUCAUCCAAGACGGGGCUCAUAGCUGGAGUCCUUAUGGGGGUCGUGGCUUCUGUCCUUCUCGUGGCUUCGAUCAUUUGCCUCCUCCGGAAAAGGCGAAGCAGCUACCAGGCGGCCCGUAAAGCACCUCCAAUAAGCGACCAAGAGGCCUGAUAAUCUGCCCAAGAUGUGAGAAGAGGCGAAAGGGAAUCCCCAAUAAUCUCCUCCAGAGCUCCAGCUAGACGUCAGAACUGUUUGCUACUCAACCUAUCCCUGUCUCCACUUCGCAGAGAGGCUUGGCUGGGAGAGGGUGGGUGCCAAUGGUGUUGGUGAUGGGUUUGGGCUGGUCUUUCUUUUUUCUCCCAACGAACUUGUGUCAGCUCUUUGUAGCUGAAAAUAGGAUCUUUCGUGGGCUAACAGUAGGGUUUCUGAUAAGAGCUUCUAUUUGACUUCUGUGGUAGUUUGUUGCCAUGUUGGCCACACCGGAUACACUGGAUGAUAAGCAAUAUUUGGUUGAAUGGAUGUGAUGUCCUAGAAUGUUCAGGAUCGUUCUAACUUCUCAAGGUGAAUGUGUCGGUGAAGCAGCCAGCACAGCUUGUAUAUGAGGUAGUGUUUGCUUAAUUUGGGAAACAGAAGAUCUGGAAUCUGUGGGGUGGGUGAGGAGCUGUUGGUGGAUGAAGAGUUGCUCAGGAAAUAAAAAGCCUUAGGGUUUGAAGCUGAAGGAGAAGUGAGCCUAGAGGGAAGAAGGCUGAAGGAAGCUGAAUGGACUGACGUGGCCCUGAUGAAAUCUGAGGUAGAAACAUAGAGGCUACUUCCAAGGAUGAAUCUCAGCCACUGGUCUGCCUCUGGGAAGAAUUUGGUAUUGGCUGCAACUUGAUUUGCCAGAGCCAAGGCUAAGUUCUUACAUUUGUCCAUCUGGGCUGGGAAAGGGUAGAGAUGGAAGGUCGUGAAACAGGUGCUACCUUUCUCCCUAGGCACAGCGAGGCACGUCCAUAUUGGUGGCAGACUUCUUCCUUCAUUCCCACCAGGCUCCUCAAGUGAGUGGAUGGGGUGGGGGAGUGGAUAUCUUUUUAUUUCCCAAUCCAGAGUGCAGGAAAGAAGAGGAAAUCUGCCUCCCCUCACCAUUUUGGUGUUUUUCUUCAGCAUGGCUGUCUUCUAGUAUUGGAGCUCAGCUGGCAGAAAAAAUGCUUUGAAAUGUGGACCAGAACAAGUUAAAGUGUGGGACGACCUGGGGAUCUGAUCCCCUCCCAUACAUCUUCAAUUUUGUUAUCCUACCAGUGCUAUGGAACAGCAGGCCGGAGAAAGUAGGAAGGGACCCCCCCCCCUUCCCUCCAGCGUCAUAAACUGUAAGGCGACUCUUUCUUCAGAAGGCCUCUUCUUCUGAGGCUGUUGCUGGCAGUGUCAUAUUUUCUGAACAUGUUGUUGCAAGUUGAGUUGUGAUUUGAAAUUCUGUGCGGUUUUAAUUAUUUUUUUACCGUUUUGUAGACUGCUGUGAUUUAAUUUCUUCAAAUAAAUCAUUACUUUUAAAUGCCAGACACUUCAGGCUAUCAAUGACCGGAUCAUUUGGAGAGAGAUCUCAGAUGCUUUCCUUGCUAAUUUCUUACAUUUAGUCCUAAGUGUCUCUCUGUGUCUCUGUGUCUGUUGUUUUGUUUGGAGGGGUAAGCAUUUGACUCUACUCCCGCCCCUUCCAAAUCCUGCAAACCACAUAUAUUGUCUGUUUCCAGGGGGGAGAGGGGGUGUGGCUUUUCCUCCUCCCCUCCACACUGUCUGCAGCCCUGCGGGUGCAAGCAAAGUAUUUCUCAUGCCAGGCAGCUGUAGUUUCAGAUUGUAACUAAUGAAAAUGGAACCAAUGCAAGAGCCAGCGUGGAAUCAGGAUGGUUGGACUGGGAUCGUUGAGACCCAGAUUCGAAUCCCUACUCUGCCAUGGAAACUCGCUGGGUGACCAGGGGCCAGUCACAACCUCUCAGCCUUGCCUACCUCACAGAGUCGUUGUGAAGAAAAACUGGAGAGCAUUGUCAGCAGCUGUAGACCCCUGGUGGGGAGAAAGGCAGGGUACAAAUGAAGCAAAUAAAUAAGCCGCGAGAUCGAGGCCACAGUCACUUGAGUAAAAGAGCUGAGGUUUCAUCAGAUUGGAUGAUGCCCAAAAUGGAUGGUCUUGUGAGUUGGAGGAAUCACCAGGACAUUCCAUCAAAGACUUAAAGGUCGCUGUAGUUCAACAGAAAUCUUUCAAAAACAAAAUCCAACGGGAGGCUGCUGAACUGGAAUUCAUAUGCAAAUUUGACUCUGUCAAGCUGGGACUGAAUAGGGACUAUGAAUGGUUAUCACAUUAUCACAGGUAACAGAUUUCCUUUACAGAGGCAGGGUCUGGGGGAGCUCAGUGGCACCUGGCGUGGGCUUUCGGGGACCACAGAUCUCUUUGUCAGAUGCAUCUGGCAAGGAGAGCUGUGGUUAUCGAAGGCUCAUACUGCAUUGGAAUUGGAUGGUCUAGCUGUUUGGCUGCUACAAACUAACAGGGCAAACUCCUUUGAAGCCAACUGAUCCACACACCAAAAGGAGAUGUUUACAUAUACUAGCAAAGUAAUGUUUUGGUUUCCCCCCCUAAUUGCCUCUUCUCUCUCCUCCCCUUCUUUCCCUCCUCUCUGUAUUUGACCAG